UGCCUGUUGACAAUCAUGUAUCACUUUCAGCUUUAUUGAAAGCUAAGUGUAUGUGCUAUGAAAUUCCUGUCGUUGAUAUUUCUGAUAAGCCAAUCGUCCAAUGGAGCUCCACAAAUGAUGCUAUUGAUCAAACCUGAGCCAUUCUUCACCUCUGCUACCAACUCUUCUACAUGAAGGCUCCUCGUCCACCAGGAAUCCACAACAUUCAAAUGGUGUUCAUCACAGACGAAGGAAGAUACCAUUAUUAGAACAAAUACCAUCUGAGCCAAGUGUUUUGCCAGAAGUUCCAGAUUGCAUGUUUUGUCGUGCUAAGCGCUUUUAUAUGGAACCACCGCGAUUCUGUUGCUCCGCAGGUGAAAUUCGUUUAGUCGAAACUGAAAUGCCAGAUAAAUUAAUUCACCUUUAUAAGGCAAAUACUCCUGAAGCUAGAGAGUUUCGAUUGUGCAUCCGUAGUUACAACAAUAUGUUUGCCUUUACAUCCUUGGGGGUUUAUUACGACAAAGAGUUAAGCAGAAGGAAUAAUGGUAUAUACACAUUCAGAGUGCAAGGCCAAGUUUAUCACUUCAUCAAUCCAUUGGUUCCUUCUGAGGGUGAGAGAGCAACAAAUCUGCAGUUAUAUUUCUAUGAUACACAGCAUAAGAUAGCAAAUCGCAUGGCAAUUUCUAGCAAGUUCAAAGAAUCCAUUGUGGAACAACUUAAGGAUAUUCUACAUGAAAAUCCUUACUCCACUUUUAUAAGAAGUUUGGUCGACCUUCAUGAUGCUGAACACUAUAAGAUUUCCCUUAAAUCAGAUUCAAGUAUGGAUCAAAGAGUCUACAAUCUUCUUGCAGUAUCUCAAGUAGCAGCAAUAUGGAAUGAAAAUGAUUAUAACACUGAUGAUGGCAUUAGAGAUAUCCAGAUCUUCACAAGAGCAGGAAAUAAACGUAUACUAAAACAGUACUAUGGAUGCUGUGAUACCCUACAAUAUCCUCUUAUAUUUGCAAGAGGUGAGACCGGAUGGCACAAAGGCAUACUCUGAAUACCAAAAUCAGAUAUUCUGAACCAAGCAUCAGGAACAUGUCAGAAGGAAAAUAUUGUGUCACUCCAGAAUUGCUCACACAUAGAUGAAGUGAUAUCUGCUGAAGAAAAAAGGUAUAAAUAACAAAUCCAUCAUUAUAGUACCAAAACACUGACUUAGAUUUAUUUCUAUUCUGCUAUAUUGCAUUGAAUUGCAGCUUUAUAUUAUUGUUCCUUAUAGCUAA